AUUAUGUCCACUGAAUUGUUCAUUUCUUUUUCACAUCUUAUAUGUUAAAUAAUAUUUUUUCAUGGUGUCAGUGGAUUUUAUCAAGUGAUGACUGUGCCAACAUUGUUCAAAAUACAUUUACAUUUUUUUACUAUUCACAGAUAUUUCACCAAGAUCUAGUUUAUAGUUUGACAACACAUAUAGCGCAUGCCACUAAACAACAACCUGAACAUAAAGCUUAAAACUACUGAUCAAUUAUGGAUUGUCAUGUUGGAACAGCAACAGUGACCUGUGACUCAGGUGACACUCAUGAAUUAUUCUGUAACGUUAUCUGAGUCAAUUAAUCUGUUAAUAAACAUUCCUUAAAAUAAGUGUUAAUAAGUGUUAAACCACAAGAAAUACUUAAACCACUAUUUAUGUUGCAAUAUCACUCAAUUUGAACUUUCCUCUAAUAUCAUAUAAUAAAUCUGCCCGAAAAAAUAAUAAGGCUCUAGAAUGCAAACUCGUUAGACCGGGGUUAAGCUUUCAAGCUAAAAUUACGAAAGUAAUUGAAACAAAUAAUUCCAUUACAUGAAGUGUAAUAAACUACAACAUAUGAUAUGAGAAGAAACUCUAAUAGAAAUGCACAAACUUCCGCUCAAUUCGCUGCACUACUGGAGGUACGAGAUGAUUGGCUGGCUGCUAUUGCGUCACAGGAUAGCCACCACUGUGAUUGGCUGAAAACGUUUAAUCACAGUCAUACACAGCGAUCCUCCUGGUGCGGCUGUAGACAGCGACUGUGGAAAGAAGAGUUAGCCGUUUGUGAGCAAUGUUGUUUUGGCUUCCUUUGCGUGCAGCUGGGUGACUUCCCGUGGUGUCUUUGAGCUGCUAUGAAGGCGGGGGCCUCGUCCAUGUGGGCAUCAUGCUGUGGUCUGCUAAAUGAAGUGAUGGGUACCGGGGCCGUGAGAGGGCAGCAGGCAGGUUUCGGGGCAGGUGCGGGGCCGUUUCGUUUUGCUCCCACUGCAGGAUACUCCACAUACCCACCUACCAACUCCUCCAACACCAGCCUGGUGUGUCAGUCCUGUAGACAAGCAUUCUCUGUCUUUAGGAGAAGGCACAUCUGUUGUGACUGUAAGAAGAGUUUUUGUUCGCUGUGCUCAGUACUUCAGGAAAACCAGCGCAGAUGCACAACCUGUCAGCUGCUGAAGGGCACUUCAUUCCAGCGUCCACAGCUCAUGCGUUUGCGUGUUAAGGACUUGCGGCAGUAUCUUACGUUACGCAAUAUUAACACUGAUACCUGCAGGGAGAAAGAGGACCUUGUGGACUUGGUGCUUUGCCACCAAGGUGCCGAAAGUGAGGAUGAUCCAGACACGCCUUCUCUGCAGUCACGCCCCCUGUAUAGCCCGCCCCCUUCAACGGAAGAGCCCACUUCUCCUCUCUCAGCUCUCUCUCCAGCUCAAGGAGAACCAAUCAGUAGGAGCAACAGCUCCGAGUCCAAUCAGGAUAUUGAGGACUCCACUUCAGUCUCACUUCUUAACCUCGACCAGGCAGAACACACACCAGAGGUUAGUCCUCAGACGCGGCGGCGGGCUAGAGCUUCUCUGUCAGAUCUGUCCUCCCUCGGUGACGUGGAGCAGUUGACGGUCAGGCAGCUGAAGGAGAUCCUUGCGAGGAACUUUGUGAGCUUCUCCGGCUGCUGUGAGAAGUGGGAGCUGGUGGAGCGCGUCAGGAGGCUUUACCGGGAGAAUGAGGACAAUCGUAAAUCUAUGGAAAAUGUGAGCAACCCCAUCACUGCUGUGGUAGCUUAUCCCCCUCCAAUCUGCAAUGGUGGAAUCGGAGAUGGUUGCAGGACCCAGUUAUCAAAUGACGACAGCCUGUGUCGCAUCUGCAUGGACGCUGUCAUUGACUGUGUACUGCUGGAGUGCGGUCACAUGGUCACCUGCACUAAAUGCGGGAAGCGCAUGAAUGAAUGCCCUAUAUGCAGACAAUACGUUAUCAGGGCUGUGCACGUUUUCAAGUCUUAAUGCUUCUGGGAGUACGUCCUGUUCCACCUGCAGACUGCAUUAUGAUUCGGUGAGGACGAACUCAGCAAGUGCCCGUCUUCACAUCGAAUUAGGGAGGAAGAGUAAGUCCUCUGCUUAAUUUUUCACGACGUUUGAGGAAGACUUUAGAUGGUGGGCCACAAUGGCUUUGUCAAUAAAUGUUUCACUAAAAACAUUCCACAAGCUCUUCUAAGAGGCUCUGUAAUAAUAUGCAAUUGUUCAGCUGCAACACCUCACAGCCUUGACUUGAUAUCCUACAGCUUUGAAGACAUUCUGCUCCCAGAUCACAUGCAAGCACUGUGAGAAACUCAAGAAAAGAAACAAAUGUAAUACUCAAGUGGGUUCAUCAUCAUGCACCAUAACUCAGGAUGGAAGUGUCUGAAUGUUCCUAUUGCUCUUUUGUUUCCUUUUUGUUUUGUUUUGCAGCUUCUGUGAAUGGGCCUUUGUUUCCUGUUUCUAAUGUGAAGCCUCUUGGGUUUUUGAAAAAAAGUUUUUCCUACAAGUAACAUUGUACUUCCUGAUAACUUGUUGACAGAUUCAACAAAUUUUAAGUGGCAUAAUGAACAUUUUAUGGUCCACAACAGAUUAGUCCCGUUAAAGGAGUAGUUCACUUUUU